UUGUUGGUCAGAUAUAUAGCCAAUUAAUAAUGGACAUUAGAGUGGUUGUGUAAUGCAAAUUUGCUUGUGGGGUUCACUGACAUAAGACACAAGAUAGAACCCAGGAGGAGGACAGGGAUACAAGAACGAAAACCUUCUUGUAUUCUGGGAUUAACAUUGGGAUUGCGCUACAGACACACAGCCAGGUGAUUGAGAAUACAGUCACUAUCCCAAAAAGAAAUGUUGUCCCACUACGUACUUGUCCUGGUUGCACUGAGUGUCACAGCCUAUGCAAGUCCUGCACAGAGAGAAUGGGCACGUCAUGGGGCCUCCAUUUUUGCUGACUUGACUCCCCGAGAAAUUAGAGCAGUGCGGGAUUUUCUUAUGUCUUGCCCUGAGCUUAGCCUCUCAUCUGCAAAAAGCAAAACCUUGAAGAAAAACAGUAUCCUUCUUGUGGAGCUGCAUAUUCCCAGGAAGAAUGAGGCUCUGAAGGCUCUGGACCGUGGUCAUGCCAAGCCUGCACGCCAAGCCAGGGUAGUUGUGCAGUUUGGUGACCAGUCAAAACCAAACAUCACAGAAUACCUCGUUGGGCCCCUACCUUACCCCACUGCCUACACACUCAAAACCUUCAAAAGCAAACGAGCCAUUAAAUUUGAAUCCCGGCCUAUCACUUCAGUGGAGUAUGAACACAUCAAUGCUGUGCUGCACAAGAUCACCAAUAAGGCCCACACACUCCUUCUGGAAAGCACAGGCUUUUCCUUCUACAACUGCAGCAACCGGUGCUUAACCUUCUCAGAUAUUGCACCACGUGGACUGGAUUCAGGGGAAAGGAGGACCUGGAUCAUGUUGCAGAAAUUUGUGGAAGGUUACUUCAUCCACCCGAUAGGAUUUGAGGUCCUCAUAAACCAUCAGUCACUUGACCCAUCUAAGUGGGCUGUCGAAAAGGUGUGGUAUAAUGGACAGUACUUCAACAGUGUGGAGGAGUUGGUGGACAGCUAUGACAAGAAUCGCUUGGAAAAGCUGAAGCUGCCUGAGCAUGAUGACGAGGACCUGUUUUCCACCUAUAUCCCUCGAGGCCAGAGCAACACACGUUCCAACAUACAUGGGCCCAAGCUGGUGGAACCUCAAGGUCCACGCUACCACGUUGAUGGGAACUUCGUGGAAUACGCAGGCUGGUCCUUUGCGUUCAGGGUGCGCUCCUCUGCUGGCCUGCAACUAUUUGAUUUGCGGUUUAAUGGAGAGAGGGUGGCCUAUGAGGUCAGCCUACAAGAGGCUAUUGCUUUCUAUGCAGGGAAUACCCCAGCUGCCAUGCAGACAAAGUACAUCGAUGCUGGCUGGGCAAUGGGGACAUCUGACUAUGAACUUGCUCCAGGCAUUGACUGCCCUGAAAUUGCCACCUUCCUGGACCUGUAUCACUUCUAUGACACAGACAAGCCUCUACGCUACAAAAAUGCCCUCUGCAUCUUUGAGAUGACCACAGGGAUGCCUCUGAGAAGACACUUCAACAGCAACUUUCAUGGUGGCUACAACUUCUUUGGAGGCCUGGAGAACCAUGUGCUCGUGAUCAGAACUACCUCUACAGUCUACAAUUAUGACUAUAUCUGGGACUUCUAUUUCUACCAGAAUGGGGUGGUGGAGGCUAGAGUCAGUGCUACUGGGUACAUCCAUGCCACCUUCUUCACUCCUGAGGGCCUGAAUUAUGGCACCCGUGUGUACAGCUACGUUCUAGGCAACAUGCACACCCACCUCAUCAAUUAUAAGGUCGACUUGGACAUAGGAGGCCGGGAGAACAGCUUCGAGUCUCUGCAUGUGAAGUACGAGAACAUCACCAACCCCUGGAGCCCUGAGCACACCAUUGUGCAAUCACGCCUGCACCGCACCCAGCAUCGCACCGAGCGCAGCGCCGCUUUCCGCUUCGGCAAGAGCUUCCCCCGCUACCUGCACUUCUACAACCCCAACAGGAGCAACAAGUGGGGCCACAAGAAAGGCUAUCGCAUCCAGUACAACUCUCAUGCUCACAGCGUGCUUCCACGAGGCUGGCGCGAAGAGAAUGGUGUCAGCUGGUCCAGGUAUCCAUUAGCAGUGACCCGGCACAAGGACAGCGAGUUGACUAGCAGCAGCAUCUACACUCAGAAUGACCCAUGGGAGCCUGUGGUUUCCUUCGAGGAUUAUAUCCGCAAUAACGAGAAUAUUGAGAACACGGACCUGGUUGCCUGGGUGACAGUGGGCUUCCUGCAUAUCCCUCAUUCGGAGGAUAUCCCCAACACGGCCACCCCCGGCAAUGCAGUGGGUUUCUUCUUGCGUCCCUUUAACUUCUUUGAUGAGGACCCGUCGCUGGCCUCACGUAACACCAUCAUUGUUCGACCACGUGGGAAGAGCGUUGCUGUGCAGCGUUGGACUCCUGAGGUCGUGGGCCACUGCGUUUCUGAUAAACCCUUCCAUUACAACGGCACCUACCUCAGUGACUGAGUAGCUUCAGCAGAUCCAAGGCAUGAUAGAUACCACAAUCAUCUAACUCAGGGGUUGUCAGGCUUGUUCUCUGGAUGGGGAACAAUUUUGAAACUCUCAUUUUCAAUAAAGCCCCUCCCUUAACCUCUAGGCCGAUCCAAUUACAGAGUAUUGUUACUGAAUAUAGAAAAGGAUGAUUAAAAUUUAAGUCACCCAGAAUAAUAUAUGUCAAAGUGGGUCUGGUAACAAAAACAGAAGUGACAAUCGUGUGAGAUAUUAAUUAUAUCACCUCCAGUAUGGGGGCUAAAUUAUUUUUCCAUGGACCACAUGGACUUUGACAGAAGACCCUUGGGUGUUCCUGAAGGUCCUGAUUGCUUAAAAUGACCCUGGUAGGAGUUGAUAAACUGAGGCUGUGUAAGAUUGUUCCAUCCUGUCAAAACUGUCGAUCAAAUCACUGUGUCUGUCUGAUCCUUUCUUCUCAUGCAGAAUCCUGGACACACAGUGUUGAUCUGACUUAAGCAGUUAAUUUUUUGCAAACUCUAAAUAUAUAGAUUACAACAGUUUUUCAUAAAAAGAAGCUUGAAUAAAAUAGACAUUAAGUCUUUGGUUGGGAAUGCAGUAUGUGGUUUUGUGGUUUUAAGAUGUACUGUACUGUUUAAAAUAUGUAUGUGCCUGUAAAAUACUGAAAAAGCAUUACAUUU